UACAGAUAGAAAAGAUUUAAUGACAAUUGUCAUAACUAAAAUAACUGACUGUACACCAGUAGGCCAUGCGCCAUUAACGCCAUGUUUUUUUUCCAUUUUGGCAUGUCUCAGUGUAUAUACCUAUAUUGUUUAGUCUAUGUUGGCACGCGAAGUAUGUAAACACUCAGUUCCUGUCUUCUAAUUUCUAUAGUCAUUGGCACAACCGGCCGGCUAGAAAAAAAAAAAAGUUUUUGCGCUAUUAAUUAUUUUGAGUUGCGCGCGCCGUGCGAGUGCAUAGACUGUAAUCUAGCAGUGAAGGAGAAGAGGAGUAGAGCAAUAAGUUAUUGAUCCAGGAUUCUGCACCUGCGCACUAUCCUGCACAUUGUAGGUACUUGUAAUUUUAAUCUCUUUGUCAGUCCGUAUUUUUAGAAGAAUUUCUCGUUCUAGAAGAACUUAUUUGUACAGAAGUUUAAAUACUGUUUAGUAAAACGUCGACGUAUGCGAUCAUGCCCAAAAAAUUGCCAAAUAGCGGUUUUUAUUACUUCAUGCUAGAUUUCAAAGAACAGCAAAGACUAAAAGGCAUCCAUUAUCAGGCCUUAAGUGAGGUCGUCCCAGUUGCCGAUCCGGAAUGGAGGAGUUUACCACCUUCAGCGAGAGCGAAGUAUGAGGAAAUAGCCAUGAAAGCGAAGGAAAAGCGCAACAUGCCUACCACAAAGUAUGCGUCUACUGGCGUCCCGCUGCAAAUGAUUGCACAACAAGAAGAGGAGAAACAGAGUGCCAUAGAUACCGAGAUCCAGGAUAUUCGAAAUUUAGUUAAAACAAAGACCUUGAGCAAUGAAAUUUUAGACGAAUACUUCUAUUUAAUAGAUGUAAAUUAUUAUUGUAAAUGGGAUGACGGCAUGCAUUUGAUUGGAGAGAGUACCGUUUUGAGGUUCAACCUGCGAAAUGGAAUCAAAGAUUAUUACCCAGAACUGAUCAAUCCUGGAAUGAUACCGACUGGAUACGCGUCGGAUGUAAAAGAGGGGUGUAUAGAGCUUGGGCUGGACAUGCCGGAUGAGGAGUCACCGAGUAACAUGAUGGACAUCCUCGCGAAUAUCAUCGACUUCCUCCGGCAGAAGGACGUAAAUUCGAAGGCUCUACCGCCACUGUUCACAAUGCCGGAGAAAUUGAUACCUUGUAAGAGCUUCCUGAACCAAAUGUGCCGGACUGCUAAUUUAAAAGGUGAGGAUGAACUGCUCUUCCGUCUGUACCGCCUGGAUACGUUGUUCUUCUAUCUGAUCAACGGCAUAAAAACUCAAAGAAAUGAAGGGUUCCCUCAUGAGUCCCUCGCGCUUGCUGUACUGAGAAAGGAUAACUUCCGGUACAGCCAAGGAUUGGCUUGCAAACACCAUACUGAAAGAGGCAAGCCGAUAGAAUGCACGGACUCUCGCACGUUCCGCUGGGCAUACACCGUGCUCGACUCGUGCUGCCCCGUCGCAGGCAUCCAGGUCCGGCCCGGGAACCAUGUGCCCAGCGACAUAAACGUUGAAAAAUUCAAGGACGACAGGGCCACCCGUACUAAAGCUAGAAUAGCUGGAUAUGAGGCGGCAUCAUCGUCCUGCAACACUACGGCCAACGAUUCUAUAUUGGAUGACACCGCGAGCACUUCAGGCUCCGUCGUCAGUGCGCCGUCGAGGGCCUGGGCCCAACCCUCUAGCAGUCAGGCGUCGAGUGCCUGGCCACAACUCGCUGGCAAUCAGCCGUCUAGUGACUGGCCUCAACUCUCUCCCAGUCAGUCGUCGAGUGCCUGGCCACAACUCCCUGGCAGUAGCACUGGCUCUGGUAGUCAAAUGGCAAGAGCCUGGCCACAGCCAUUUCUCAGUCAGUCGUCUAGACCCCGAGGUAAACCCUCCGGCAGCGGUGCUACGGAGCGGCAAUCUGAAUCUGGGAGACGAGAGCGACGCACACACGAACCUUUGCGCAUGCCGCAAGCUGACUAUUCCCAGAACAUCCAGGGGACGAACGAAUGGAUGGAGAAACAUAGUCCUCUACUGGAGACAGCAGGCCAUGGACGUGGUCGCGGUCUAGCCAGCAGCAUGAACAAGAUGAACAUAAAUAAAAAAAAGUAAAGCAUUCAAUGCCAUUUAAUUUUCUACUCUUUUAUCAUUAUGUAAUGAAUCUUGAUUUACUUUGUAAGUAUAGUGUUGUCAGAUGGGCUGCGUUUGCUUAGGUGGAAAAUACAAAAGAUCAUACAGAAAUAUUGGACAUAAUUACUUGGAACUUUACCUACAAUUUAUUGACGUUAGCUAUGGACUAAACUAAGUCGAUUAAUUUUUUUUACCUAUAAGUAAUAAAAACAUUGACAACUAUUCUCUUAGCCACUUGACCAAAUUGCUUUAAUAUCUUAUGGGCCUUUUUUCCAACGCCAAAUAAAUUUUAAGUGAGGAACAACUAUGAUUAUUUGACGAUUCCUCCUAAGAAUUAUUAACAAAAAAAAAAUUAACUAUAAUCGCGAGUUACUCACGUGAAUAUACUGAGAAAAGCUCUACUAUUU